AAAAGGAAUCUAUUGAAGAGAAUUUGUUUGCCGUCCAAAAAGGGUAAACAAUUAAAUGAGUAUAAAAUAAAGGACGUGAGACAUACGCGCUAAAUCAGGGCCGUAGGUAAAAAAAAGAAGGAGAAGAGUAAACAAAACAUGAAAAGUACGCUAUGACGACGACCAUGACUCACUCUGUCUCCUCGACCAAGUCUCUAUAAAGCUUCGUGGCGUUCGUUUUGUUCAAAGAAACAGCCAUGAGAACAAAAAACAAAGGUAAAGUGCACCCAUCUCCUUCCCCGCUUCCACCAUUUUCUUCUUCCUCCAAAGGAGACGACUGUCUCUCUGUCCUGAAGUUUCUCCCCGCCGUGAUUCUCGUUCUCGUCUCCGAUCUCUCCCCAGAAGAUAAACAAGUCCUUGCUUACUUAAUCACUAGGUCACUCAAAACCACCCCCACCACCGUGAACGCCGGAGGAAGAAGAAGCUCUUGCGGUUCGAAUAACAAGAAAACAAAAGCUCCCGUUUUCGAUUGUGAAUGCUUCGAUUGCUACACGAGUUACUGGUUUAGAUGGGACUCUUCCCCUAACCGUGAGCUCAUCCACCAGAUCAUCGAAGCCUUCGAAGAUCAUCUCGAGAAUAAUAAUAGCUCCGCUGCUUCCCAGAAAUCAAACGGUAAGAAGAAGAAGAAGAAGGAUAAAUCAAGUCCUCGCCGUGGUGUCGAAGAAUCACCGAUCGCUAGCGAAAUCACGGAGCCCGUGGUGGUGGUUGUGCCGCCUUGCGAUGAAGUGAAAUCACCGGAAAAGUCAACAGAAAUGUUGAGGUUCCCGGUGGCGGCGGCGACUGGGCACAAGGGUUUGGCGAGGAAAGUGUUGCCGGACGUGAUGGGUUUAUUCAAUUCGCGUUUUUGGAGGCUUUGGAAUCCGAACGCCUAGAUGCAAAACAAAUGCUUGUUUUUUUUUUGGAAUCCAAAACAAAGUUAAAUGCUUUUUUUUAUAUGAAAUAUUUGAUAGAACACACCUAGUUAUGUUAGGUUGUAUAAUACUGAAAUGAUGAUAAAACAUAUGUUGCUGUAUAUAUAUUUUUUGUUUCUUUUGUUGAAUAAAAUGCAGCAGGCAUAUUAUGUAAAAUCUAUUACUGUUUAA